AUGAUGGAUCGCAAGAGGGUACAACCUCAAGGAGGAGAAAGGGAAAAAUACAUCGAGAAGAAACCCAUGGAGGAAAAAUUCAUCCAUGAAGAGACCCCAAUCAAUAGUGAUACCGCCGAUGGCGACGAUCGUGUGGGACAAACCCUCACGGGAGGUCGGCGCAAAUGGAAAGGAAGGAAAAAUCGCAUCAGCUCCCCAUCCACGUGCCCAUCAGUGAAUUCGUGUGACUCAGGGAAAAGUGACUACUCCUGUCAAUACAUCAACGAAGACAGUUAUGAAAAAAACGUGAGUCUAUGCAAGAAGUGCCUUUUUACAUACUUUGAAUUCAAUAGCGUGGCUAAUGUUAUUUAUAUGAGACACGGAGCGAGAACACCCAAGAAGAAGAUACAGAAUGUGUGGCCAUUCAAGGAAGGGAAGGGAGAUCUUACAUUCCUGGGGUUCCAGCAGUCAGUAAGAAUUGGAAAGUACCUUAGGAAAUAUUACUAUAGCAUGAGGAAGUUAAAUUCGAUUUAUAAUGGCCGGGGGGGUCGUUCGGAAGGGGAGAGUCCCUCUCAGGGAUCGGAUGAGGAGAUGAACAACAUGGGGGGAUCCACCCCUUGGGAUGAACAAGAGCAGGAUAAACCAAAGGGGCAUAAGGGUACACUCCAAAUGGGAAGAAGAAAAAAAAAUCUGAAGGGAAAUCUCGGAAACAAAGGAAGGAUAAAGGAAACCAUAAAAUUACUGAUGAGUAAAAAGCCCACCUCUGGUAAUUCCUGUAGGAUGUUACAUAAACGAGUGAAGCACAAAAUGAGGUGGACUCCAUUCUGCCAAGAUAGGAAGGGGAGGAAACCCACCGCCUUACACGUCUGCAGAAGCAUGUGUGGAAAUUAUUGUGGGAAUAAGAAAAGGAAAAGGAGGAAACGGAAAAAAAAUAAUGACAAAGUUAUUAAUGUAGAUUAUUCCUUGAGGAAUGAAGUGCCAAGUGAAGAUGCUAUGUGCUGUAUCAAUCCUCCCGAUGGAUACACAAGAAUUGGAUACCUAAAUAAAGAACCGAUUGAUCGUGCGUGCAGGGGAAAGGACGCACGUUCUUCCACCUGUGAAACGAAUUAUGUGUACAAACAACUGGAAAGAAGGAUGAACAUAGAGAGACAAAAGCGGAAGUACGAUAAAAUGGUGAAAACUAUAAAUAAUUAUUUGUGUGUAAAAACGACAAGCAGUGAGAGGUGCAAAUUAACAGCAUAUGCCAUAAUGUGUGGGAUCCUAGGAAUUACAGAAAAAAUGUUUUUUUUUUUUUUUUUAUUGUCUUUGAAUAAUGAAGAGGAUGAUUUCUUGGACCAAGAUAUAAUUGGUGGAAUGGUCACUGAUCAAUUCCUCUCACGGAGCGGAAAACGGGAGGACAGACUCCACCCCCAGUCCAUCCUCGAGAAGCAACUUCCACAUAGUAAUAGCAUCCUCGAAAGGAGGAAGAUCUCGCUUCCUGCACAGGUUAACAUUUUUUCGCGGCGAAAGGAACCUAAUGUAGAAACAAAUGUGACGGAAGGACCUGCUCCGGGAACCGAGUUACCAGGUUCUCAUCGGGUAGGGUAUAUACAAGGGGGUACUUGCCACCAUGUUAAUUUUGCACCCGUUUCUUCCAAUUCAAUUUUCAAUUUUACGGAGGAGAAUUAUGAUGGGCAUAUCCACAUGGGUGAGCAAAAGAAGCUCAGGAAAGAUGCUCAGAAUUGCCUGACUCGUUCAGGUGGAAGUGACAGCACCGAUUUGGUGCGGUACGAUUCCCAUUGUGAAGGGAGGAAUCCACGAGGGGAAGGAACUCUCAGGGAUGGGAGGUGCUUCCAAAAUGGUUAUACACUUUUUGUAGACCCCCCCACACACCAAGAUGUUUCCUCUAUGGCGGCAUUCGCCGAUGGAGAGAACGUAGAGAAGUUGGAUAGAAGUCGAGAAAAUGACGCAAAAGUGGGUGUAAAAAUGGGUGCAAAAAUGGGCGCAAAAAUGGGCGUAAAAAUGGGUGUAAAAAUGGGUUCAGCGAAGUUACUCCUCGAUGUAGCUGGCAACCGUGGUGUGGACGCCCUAAUUGUGAAGAAAUCGGAGGAUGAAUCUUCCAACAAAUAUCCAAACGGACAUGACGAAAUAUCGAACAGAAGAAGCGAUGUACUCACUGGGGGCGGUGCUAACUGGAAUGCGGAAAACGCACAGAGCUAUAGUGACAGUGUGAACCCAAGUUGGGGUGUCGUUAAGAGGAAUUUUGAGAAGGGAAGAGGUCGAAAGGGAGCAGACAAGUUCCGUCUGACCAGUACCCUCAUCCAUAAUGUAAAAACCUUUUUCGAGUUUGUCCUAAGUGGAAGAUACAAUUCAAGAGUUUUUUACAACAAGAUAAUGAAGGCCAAAGGUCGCAACGAAAGGAAGUUGGAAAAGACAUGUAUUCUUUUUAUAUUUGAAUCUUAUAUGCGGUAUGUGCUGAUUGAUUCUCGUCCUGGUUAUGUUAAUAGAUCAGGGGAUAUUCACAGGAGCAGUCACACCGAUCGUCAUAUAGGGAUAACUUCAGGGUAUCCUCAAGAUGGAUGCUUUUUUUUCCCCGCAUGCAUGGUAAAUUCGAAUUUUGACCGGAGCUACCGUAGGAACCUACUCUCCUACCUGCGCCACAUCUACGUUCUAUGUUCCGUGGUGAAUGUUGCUGAACGGAAUUCACUCAUGAUGAAGACGCUGAAAUCAAAUAACCACUACAUAAAGAGAUUGAAGAAUUUCAUUUUUUACAAUUCCAAUGUUUAUAAAUUAUUGAAUGACCAUUACAAGGAGGAAGUCUCCAUAGUAUACCAAAUCACCAAGUGGACCAGUCGAACUUACCUGAACAGGUCAGAGCUUCUGCUAAGCGAGCCUUGGGCAACUAUCACACAAAGUGAUGCAACAGAAGACGAGUCCAAUUUUAAAAAUAGAAUCGUGAAAAUAUUAAAGAAACACAACUCAGCUGUGUAUAAAAUUAAGAAAAAGCUAAACAGAUCCAUCAUCUUGAAAGACCUGAGAAAAUUAAACUACUAUUCAGUGGGUGUCACUUCCAGGAAUAUUCCAAUUUGUGAACAGAGGAAGAUGAUGCAAGAAAAAAUUAGAAGCAUGAGGAACCACUUAUUAUUCUAUAGGAAGAGAAAAAAUAUUAAAAUAAUUAAACAGUUUAUUAGUUCUUAUCAUUCGUAUGUAUAUCACAAUGUGCAUCUCGUGUUAGACAUGCGGAAGGCUUACAGAAACGUGGAGCUUGAGUGUGCCUCCUCGGAUGAAAGCGUGUUCAGAGUGCCCACUCCUGAUAUGAGAAAGAAGGAACUCUCGAACGCAGGGGAUGAUAAUUACGGGCCGAGUGGAAGGGAAGGUUGCACCAGAAAAGCACUUCCAUUCCAUCAGGUCGGGCAUCCACGUAAAUGGUAUCAUAAUCUGCAAAGAGGUGAAACACAAGAUGGAGAAGGGAAAUGGACCCAAGUGGGGAAGUCAAGCGGGCUAGAUGCACCAUGUGCAGAGGAAUUCUCAAUCGGAGGUGCCCAUGGACGGGGGGGAAAAAGGCCAGAGGGGUAUCUUGAGUUAUGUGAAGAGAUGCCUGUUGAUUUGCCAGAUAACCCGCCGGAUGACCCACCUGAUGACCCACCUGAUGACCCACCUGAUGACCCACCUGAUGACCCACCUGAUGACCCACCUGAUGACCCACCUGAUGACCCACCUGAUGACCCACCUGAUGACCCACCUGAUGACCCACCUGAUGACCCACCUGAUGACCCACCUGAUGACCCACCUGAUGACCCACCUGAUGACCCACCUGAUGACCCACCUGAUGACCCACCUGAUGACCCCCGCGGAGUCAAGAGGCCCGACAAUACCUUGGAGAAAAAGGAAAAAAACAAAGCGAAAAAUUUUUACAAAAAAAUUUACGAGUGUUACAAACACAUGUGCACCCUCGAGUAUAACAACAAGUAUCUGUCAUGGCUGUGUAGCGGCAUGUCUCUGAUGGACGUGGUUAUCAAUUUCCUGAUAAGCGUCAGGGUGUAUGAGAACUUCAACAAGGAUAUAGCAACAACAGCCUGGGGCGGGGGGAAGAAAUUCAUUCCCAAAAUUAUAGUUUACUUAACGCACCAGUCGUCCAUUCUGUCGUUCCAGUCAUGCGUAGGGGUUAAGAGGAGCUCCAUGAAGAUUCCUCCUUUCGGUGGGUUUCUCUCCCUAGAACUUGUGCACAUAAAGAAAAAGGGUCGGGACAGGAGAGAUAGGGCAUGCGGUCACAGGCAUAGGCAGACAUCUUCCAAGGUAUUCAGCGAGGUCAAUACGAAGGUUCAUACGGAGGUUGGCGCCGAAGUAGACGCCUCGUUACAAAAAGAGAGAAAAGUGAAAGGAAACCUGGGACAGAUAUAUGGUAGCCCCCCCCUAGAUGAACUCCCCAGGGCAGGGGCACGAGUUGAUCCGCCUCUUAGCAUAUCGCGAAGACAAAAUUUACCACUGACAAGCGAAACGAGAAAUGCAGACAGACAUACCGUACAAACAUUUAUUCGAGAAAAUGACACGGCGAGUAUAUUCUGUUGUAAGGAGGACUGCGUGUGGAAGAUCAAACGGGGGAAUGGCAAAACUACCCGGCACGGCGCAAGCAGGCGCAACGUAGGUGGACACAAGGAAAAUGAACACCGGGCUGACAGCGCCGUCCGUAUCAGCCAAACUCAGGCGAGGAAAAAAGGCGCGCGUGAAGACAAGUACGAGAGCUACCUGUCCAAGUGCGCCAACAAGAUCCAUAAUUUUAAAAAUUUGUUUAACCUCCUAUGCUACAAAGACGAAAACGUAGGUAAUAAUGUCGAAACGCUCAUUCAGCUGUACAAUCUGUGCCUUAGUGACAACUGUUCUUACGUGAGAAACACAGAACUGAAUGGUGGAGAGGAAGGGCAUUGUAGAAGGAGGAGACGCUUUUAUGGAUACUUUGUCAAGUUCACUUUUAAUCAUUACUUCCCACUUAAGUUGAAGAGGAAGAAGUGUAUAAAGAAGUGCAGGCGAGGAGAAAGAGAGGAGACGGGAAGAUGGAAUGGGACAAUGAAGAAGAGGAUUCCUUCGAACCACGCGGAGGAACAACAUCAAUGGAAGGAAGAACUAAAUAUAAAACUUGAAGUAGAGGAGAAAAAAAAACCAAACCAUUAUUACAAUACAAUUUGGAAAGAGAAAGAGGAAGAUCCACCUGGAGAGGUGAAUGCCAAGGAAGGAAAAAAACUACCUCUCACAGGAGGGAAUGAUCUGCCCCCUGUAGUAGGAAAUGAAGAAAAACGGUUCGAUGCAAAUGGGGAUAAACGAGAUUUAGAAACGGCAAAGAGGAGAAAGGGAAAUUACCAAAGGGAUGAAUUCCCCGUGAAGAACAUAUACAACGUGCGUACAAAUGACCAAAGUGAUGACUGUCGAAAGGGAAAAAAACACCUCACAAGAAAGAAAAUAAUGCAACGACUUAACAUGAACAACUUUAAUUUUGAAUCCAAACAUGAUAAGUACAUGCACUAUGUGUACAAUAGCAGUGAUCUCAAGUACGGGAAGAUAUACAGCAAGCUUAACAAAGAGAGCGAUUCCAAAUUUACCACAAAGAAGAGUGUAGACAUUAAUAACCGACUUAUGGAGAGGAGUAGGGUUAAGUUAAACGGAGGGGGGAGCUCAUUCUCCAGUGAAGAAAGUACACAUGAUGAAUUGGAAUUACGGAACGGGAAGUUCAAGUCCCUUGGUAGAGGUAAGGACGCAGCAGAGAACGAGGUUAACAGUGUGAACUGUUCUAUGAAUGAUCACGUAGGUCCAGACAGGCAUGACUACCUGGACCACUUAAAGACCAACGAAGUGGAUGGAGGUCAACAAAAUUGCACACCAAUGGGGUACAGCUUCAAACUCUCCAAAAGAGCCAUGUCCUCUAGGCUGUUAAAGAAUUGCAUGACCGAGGAAACGGAAAAAAGGGAGAAGAAGAAGAAAAUGCAAAAAAUGCAGCAGAUGCAGAAGAAUAAACCAGGUUUUAAUAGGAAGAAGGACGAAAGCGAUAAAAGAAAUUACCAAAAUGAGAACUUCAUUUGUCUGGACUGCUUGAUUAGCUACCUGAGGCAGAUGCUCAGGGUGUAUGGGAACCCCGAGAUGUUGUGA